AACAAGCUUAGACAAAGGACAAGGGGUGUGUUGUUAAUGAUCUACGGCUUGGCGAUACAGUUUCAUUCAUAAACCCGAAGCUUGCAUUCUGUUGACAUCAAUAGUCCAGCUUGCAUCAGCUGAGAAGAAGAAGAAUAAAGAGCUAUUUUGAAUAAUGGAUGAAAUCAACAAAAGAACAAAAAAGGAAUUUGUAAGUGUUUGGGUUCGGGACCCCAGAAUACAAAAAGAAGACUCCUGGCAGUCCUAUGUUGAUUAUGAGAUUUGUGUUCAUACAAAUAGCAUGUGUUUCAGGAAGAAGACCUCUUGUGUUAGAAGAAGGUACAGAGAGUUUGCAUGGCUAAGGCAAGCACUUCAAGAUAAUGCACUACUAAUAGAUGUACCUGCACUCCCUUCAAAAAACCCAUUCUUCAGUAUGAACAACACACAGCAUGUAGAACAGAGGAUGAAAGGGCUGCAAGAGUUCCUGGAAAAAAUUUUACAGAAUACAUCCCUGCUAUCAGAUAGCAGACUGCACCUCUUUCUGCAGUCCAAGCUCAGCCCCACAAAGAUUGAGGCUUGUGUUUCCGGGCAGACCAAGUACACUGUUGCAGAAGCAAUACAGAGAUACUCUAGUGCAAACAGUCGAUUCCCUGCAGAAGAAAAACACGAAGAGAAAAGCCCAACCUACUCGGAUUCUGACUCAGAGAGUUCAUCCUCAGUGCUGGGACAUGGCAGUGAUGACAAUGCCUCACAAGACUGCAAAACAGGAGCAAGGGAGGGGGAACUCUUUAGAUUGUUGUCGGCAUCUCCGUCUGAAAAACACCAAGUACAGCCUUGAAAUGAUGAGAUUCAAGAUUCCAUUCAGGAACUGUUUGGGGGGAAGGCAUUGAAGCAGUGAAUGUGCUGAUGGUCACUGGGGUCAUUCGUGUGCAAAUUCUGCAUCACCAGGAAAGAACAGACACAGCUCAACCCUGUUUUUAAUUCAUUUAGGUCUGUGUCAUCAUAUGUGGUGUUUGUUCAUUUUAUAAUUGUGUUGUCUCUCAAAUCUACAUAAUAAGACAGUCAGUAAAAAAAGAAAAGAUGACCAAAUAUUAUUGAAACACCAUUGAAGUAUAUCACAAAUUGCAUAUAAAUAUAGAUGUUGUUUGAAGUGUUAAAGCAUUCCUGUGCAUGUUUGUUGGUAAGUAUGUAUAAUACCAGAGUGGGUCCUGUUUUAAUGGUUUUAUCAGCAUCUGUAUUAAGAAGGCUGUGCUCUCUUAAUAUUUCCACACAGAUCAGAGACAGCAGUGAGAAAUGCUUCCAGUGCUUCACUGUGAAUAGUAAUUGCACGCCAACGUUCUUGUAAUUAUUUGCAAAAAUCUCAAGUGACCUUAUAUUUUUGUUUCUGGUUUUUGGGGGAUUAAGAAUAAUAAGUAGUAAUAAAAUAAAUGUGCCUCGUGCUUGUUUUCUAAUUUCCGUGGGUGACUCGAAUUUGCCUCAGGAAACUUCAGUCCAUUUAGUUUUUGGCCCAAGUGUGGCAAACAUAAAACACAAUUUCCUUCCAGGCCUGUUUGCAUGGGCUUAUUCUGGAUAUAAUUAAUGAGUUUCAUUUGAUCUUGGUCCUUUAGUGCUCGGAAAUUUCUAUGUACAUUUAGGCACACUCAGCUAGAAUAUAUAUAUAUAGCCUAUAUUGUGAAUUUCAGUGUGUAAUGGAAAAUAUUGUUUAUGUUUAGAAUAGAAUAUGGUGACAAGUUAUGUUUUGUAUGGUAAAUAAAGUAUAUGUCUUUAAAAACAGGCCAGUUUUUCUAUUUAACAAGUGGUGAUUUACUUGAUACCUUCUAAAAGUUUUGGAUUUUGCAUAUUAUGAACAGAGGUACAAGGCGUGUCAACAUUGAAAGCUCCAAAAGAAUGUGAAAAUGACAAGUGAAAAACACAUGGUUGGUCAAAUAAACAGUUAUAUAUACACACAAUGUUACACAAAAGUCUUCUUUAAAACCAGUAAAGAUGUCUUACGGGAAAUUGUUGGGUUCAGUUGUUGUUUAAUCCUGCUGUGUUUUUUUUUUUUUUUUUUUUUGUC